CGUUCCUAUCCCACUACGGCAGCAACGUUUGUGACGCCCAGCUUGUGGUAAAGUGUGAUUUAAACUUCUCGGAAUAACAUCCAGACGGCAAACGUGGUCGUUAUUCAUUAAGAAAGUCAGUCAGCGGCGAGUGAGACGUUGGGCGUGUUUCGUCGCCUUUUCCACGACACUUUCUCCCCGGAGACCUGCGGUGUGUUUAAAUCAGCUGGGAUUUAAAUGGUUAACUCCUUUUUUAGCAGGGACAGCUAACUUAUUUGCAUUAAAAAGCCGAGAGGAGGAGAUUCCAUUGACUCUCUUGUUCUUUGGAUUGCAAAGUUUGAGCUGCCUAACCCCUCCAGAAACGGCUUGACUGCAUCGGCAAGUUGGGCCGCGUUUGGCUGCAUUCAGCCAGGCUGGGAAUGGAGAUGGAGGAUCCCGACACUCCAGAGUUUGGAUCCUUGAAGGAGGAAGUUCACUACUGGAGGGAGAAGACUGCCAAACACCGGCAGAGUGCUGAGGAAGCCCAGGAAGAGCUGCAGGAGUUCCAGCAAAUGAGCCGCGACUACGAGGCAGAGCUGGAAGCAGAGCUCAAAGUGUACGAGACGAGGAACCGUGAGCUGCUGGCCGCUAACAACCGCUUGCGAAUGGACCUCGAAAACUACAAGGAGAAGUACGGCACACAGCACUCGGAGGCGUGUCGUCAGAUGUCGACGCUGGAGGGCGAACUGGCCGAAGCGACGUCCAUUCGAGACCACCUGCACAAGUACAUCAGGGAGCUGGAACAGGCCAAUGACGACCUGGAGCGAGCCAAGAGGGCCACCAUCAUGUCUUUGGAAGACUUCGAGCUGCGUACGAACCAGGCCAUCGAGAGGAACGCCUUCCUGGAGAGCGAGCUGGACGACAAGGAGAACCUUCUGGAGUCCGUGCAGAGGCUCAAGGAUGAAGCCAGAGACCUACGCCAGGAGCUCGCCGUGCAGCAGAAGCACAUGACCUCCUCCUCAUCGUCAUCGUCGGCGCCCUUCCCCUCGCCGCCCCUCACCCCUCCAGACAAAAAGACUGAAGACAAAAUGUCCGCCGCCACGCAUAUCAGAGCGCCCUCCGCACCCAAAACGCCGUCCGUCGACACGGGUGACAGUAGCACGUCUGUGAGUCCUCUGACGACGUCGGCCAGAAUUUCUGCGCUCAACAUUGUCGGCGAGCUGCUCAGGAAAGUCGGGAAUCUGGAAUCCAAGCUGGCGUCGUGUCGCGAGUACGUCCACGAGCAGCCGGCCGGCCGCGGACUCCCGGCCGAGAAUCUCCCCGGCGCGCCGCCCGCCAACGGAGUCUACCACAAAGGGCUGGUCAAGAGGUUGGACUUCGGAACCGGAGCCAAACUGCUGCUGUGAGACGGGAGACGACAUUUCAAACCUCUCGGGCCUUUCCCGGUGUGGCCACGAGUGUGUGAGAUGAACAAAUCGGCACUCGCACUUAACUCACUGA